UCAACCCGAGGUAGAGGGGCUUCCGGUGGGACUGCCAGGUAUCCGAAACUCAGGAUGGCGGCAUCCUUGGCCGGGAAGAAGAUAGUGUUUGUCACAGGGAACGCCAAGAAACUGGAGGAGGUCAUUCAGAUUCUAGGAGACAAGUUCCCGUGUACUUUGGUGGCACAGAAAAUUGACUUGCCAGAGUACCAGGGAGAGCCUGAUGAGAUUUCCAUACAGAAGUGUCGGGAGGCAGCUCGCCAGGUGCAGGGGCCUGUGCUGGUAGAGGACACCUGUCUGUGCUUCAAUGCCCUUGGGGGCCUCCCCGGCCCCUACAUAAAGUGGUUUCUGGAGAAGUUAAAGCCUGAAGGUCUCCACCAACUCCUGGCUGGAUUCGAGGACAAGUCAGCGUAUGCACUCUGCACCUUCGCGUUCAGCAGUGGGGAUGCAAGUGAGCCUGUGCGCCUGUUCAGGGGCCGGACCUCGUGCAUCUUCUCCAUGUCCAGUGACGUGCCUGGCCCCCUUUCCUCUGGCAGGGCCGGAUUGUGGUACCCCGAGGCUGCCGGGACUUCGGCUGGGACCCCUGCUUUCAGCCUGAUGGAUACGAGCAAACGUAUGCAGAGAUGCCCAAAGCUGAGAAGAACGCCAUCUCCCAUCGCUUCCGGGCCCUGCGUGAGCUGCAGGAGUACUUCGGCAGCCUGACUUCUCCUGGGGCCAGUGAUGAGCACGUCUGCCAGGGAUCUGGGGAGGGCUAGCCUGAGACCCAUCAGGCAGGCACCCCCCCCCCCAGUAUGUCCUUCAGGGUUACUUCCUGGGGGUAUUGAGACUUGACGGCCUCACCGGACCAGCCUUACCAGUCUGGAGGAGCAGGUGGCUCUGUUUAGAGGAACUGGGCAAGGGAUACUGCUCUCUGCUGUUGGGAAUCCAGUGGUCUCUCCUGAGCCUCCAGGCCUUGGAUCAGGUGUUAAACUGGCCGUGGCAGGAUUGAAGGUUUGGGCAAGGAGCACACAGAUAGUCUCAGCGUGUUUAAAAUGUGGCAAAUAAAGCUUUUGGAAGACA